AUGCUUGAUACCACAAUAAGUGACAUCGUGGCGUCUCGCUCCUCCCGGCGCACCCGGCGAACCCACCGCACCCGCCAGACCCCCCGCCGCCGCCACACUCCACCCCCACUGCCACCGCACUGGAUAAACAACACCAGCCUCCCCGGAAGUGUAGAGGCCGCGCGCAACCCCCACGUAUUCGUGCCAAAGAUCAUCUUCGUCCCGCUGGAUGAAUAUACCUGGACGACGAUGCUCGUCUACUGCGACGGGCGAGCCUGGUACGACAAAUGCCCCAACAGUUUCGACUGGGAGCUGGCUGAGCAAGACAUGCUCAUGGUGUUCCAUAUGCAGCGGGAGCUCUACCCCAAUGCCGCCCCGUUUGGCGGGACAGUCUUGUACAAUAAUUCAGUCCGGGGUUAUCUUGAGGUCCCCGCGACCAUCUCGGGGCAUGAGUCAGAUAUUAUGCCGUUCCGUCACGAGGGGCGCUCCGUGUUCGACCUUGAGACCUCAGCCCGUGACGCGGAGUGGGCGUUUCUGGAUACACUGCAGUACAAUACGCCUGAGAUGGUGGAUUAUGACGACUUUGGGAAUAUUGGCAAGGAUUCCGAUCCCGAAAACAGUAACGAGGAAUAA